GCUGCUUCCGGUCCUUUUUGGUGGAAAAAUCAUGGUUGCACCAUUUGGCACCCACAGCUUUCCUCCUUCCGGUCCACCCUCCGUGGAUCAGUCUCUCAUGUUUGUGCCUCACCUUCGGCCUGAGCUGGCUCUUCAGCUUGGCCCCACCAGGGGCCUUCUUCCCCGGCUCCGCCCGUGCGCCUUCGACGACCCCAUGGAGUGCGGCGAGACGGCCGAGCCACCCGACGCUUCCUCCGACGCCUCCGCGCCGUCCGCGCCGUCCGCGUCUGCGCGGGCGCGGCCGGCGGCGCUGCGCGGCUGGAGCGGCGGGGAAUCGGGGGCCGAUUCCCGGGAUUUGCCCAUGUCCUUGGAUGACUCGAUGGAUCCCAAGAGGAUGGCCUCGAGGAAGGGCACCUGGACGUCAGAGCGCAUGGUGAAGUUGACCACUGGCAACAGUAGCGGCAUGGGGAGCCCGCGCUUGGGUUUGGGCUCGCCGACCUUUUCGAUGCGCUCCUCGCUGGACCGGCUGGAGCAAAAGGGCAGCGCCACCAAGACCAAAGGUGGCAUCGGCGCCAACUUCAUCAAAGCGACCAACAGAGAUACACUGAGCCAGCCGAGGAGCAGUUAUGACCCAACAGCACUGGCCCGGCGGUUGGCGAAGUGUGCCCGCUUCUCCAACUUCAUGGUGCUGGUGGUCAUCGUGGACUCCAUUUGCACCUGCAUGGACAUCGACGCCCGAGCCGCAGUGGAGGAUGUGCCCUUAGCGGUAGAGGUGUUAUCGAAUACGGCCUUGGGCUUGUACACCGUGGAAUUUGUCGUGGUCUUGAUCUUGCGCGGCUGCAAGAUGUUGAGGGAAGUGGCAACCUGGUUGGACCUCUUGAUCAUCGGUUGUGGUGCGAUCGAGAAGGUUAUGGAAGUGAUUUGGGCCACCGACAACUCCAUGAUCUCCAUCAUCCGCGUGCUGCGCUUGGUGCGCAUCUUUCGCAUCACCCGCGUCCUACAGCGGACGCGGGCGCUGCGGGAGCUCUCCAAGCUCGUGAGUAUGAUGACCACGUGUUUGAAGGCCCUUAUAUGGUCCUUCAUUUUUUGCUUCGUGAUCAUGACCGUUUGGGCGAUGCUCAUGGUUGAGUUUAUCCACCCACUCAUUCAGGAGCUUCACUUUGAAGAAAACGCCUUUAGUGAUUGCUCUGACUGCCACAAAGCCACGAGAUCUGUCAUGCACGCCAAUGUGCUGCUCUUCAAGACGGUGAUUGCCGGCGACAGUUGGGGCCAAAUUGCCGUCCCCGUGAUCGAUGAAUAUCCCGGGACGGCGAUCAUCUUCAUGGGCAGCUUGUUGACGUUGGUUUUUGGAGUUCUGAAUCUCAUCGUGGCAGUUGUGGUCGACACCUUUGCGGAGGCCCGCCAGCGGGACGUGCUCAACCUUGCCGAGGACCUUGAGGUGGACCUCGCCAAUGACCAGAAAGUCCUGCAGAGGAUGUUUGAUCGGAUUGACGCUGAUGGCAGUGGCAUGUUGAACUUCGAGGAGCUGGUGGAAGGUGCACGGAAAGACCCCGAAUUCCAGAGUCGACUGCGGGUAAUGGACAUCGAUGAGUCCGACCUGCGUCAGCUCUUCGACAUGAUCGACGGCACCGGCGAGGGCGAGAUCCAGAGCGCGGAGUUCAUCGCGGCGUUGUCGCGCUGGGUGCACGACUCGAAGACGGCUCCCCGCUUCGUGAAGUACAACAUGCUCAGGUCUUUGCAGAUGCAGGAGGACUUGUAUGACAUUGUACAGGAGCAGUUCGAUAUCCUGGCUGCACAGAUUGAACACUCGAACCUUUGCUUCGAGCAGGUCCUUCGGGACAAUGGCCUGCUGAUCAACGACGCUCAGUUCGGCGCCAGCAACUCGCAGUCGCCCGACUUCUUCCGGCGCCAAGUGACGGCGUGGGACAAGUUCGAGGAGGCCACGGCCCAGGCCUCCACGGGCGGCGACGUGGUCGCCGGGUCGACUGUGGGGACACCUGUGAGCCACGAGGGGCCGAGCCCGGAGCAGCCUCACGCGAGCCGAAAAGUGGCGACACUCCUGGAACCACUCAGAGAGGCGAAGGUGCCGCACGACGCGGGGCCGCUCCACCGCGAUGACGGCGAGACCGCACGUGCCGCCUUUGCACAACUGGAGACCGUGGUGCUCAAGGCCACCGAGGCGGCCUUGCGGCGCUCCUUCGUGGUCUUGGAGCAUGCGCUGCCGCAGUUGCAAUCGAAGGGGGUCAGCGAGUGCUCGCGGGGAUCGAGCCAAUCUUUGGGCGACGACGCGAUGACGACGCCCAACGCCUUUCUGCCGCGGACGCGGCCGCGGAUCAGUGUGCGGCACGGGCGGAUGGGCAUCCAAGCCGUGCCCAGCCAUAGGUCUUCCUCCUUCGAGCAUCCCACCACCAGCGCCGCACUCGGGAACGAGUCACGGACGGCGUCACGGGCCUCGCGGCAAAGCCACGACCACACGCGUCCAGCGCGACGCUUGGUGCGGACACCCAUUGGAGUCUUUAGCCCGCCCGGGGCCUCAAUUGGCCUGGCCUCGACGGAGUUCCGCGAACGCCGCUCCUCGAACCCCGAGAAGGAGCGCGAGGCCGAGCAGGUCGAGGUGACGAGGUCGAGGAGUUGCAAUCCACGGAUCAUAUGACAGUGUAACCGCUGCAGCGAGGUUGAAUUUUUAGAGCGGCGAGGAAGCUCACAGUGUCUAAUACUUUGUCUCACCUACUCCGAAGGACAAAAAAUCAUCCGACAUCCAAAGGAUGUCGAGUUGACCGGCAGAAUAUGGUCGGAACGGGAGCAGAGGUGGUCCACUGGAUUGGACUCGCAAGGAGAAGGCAAGGAGUAGCCGUGGCCUGAAGAUCAAAGCUCAAGUGCGGCGGUCCUCAUUUCC